UGGCCUUAGUUCCUUGUCUUUAACACACAGAAUUGAGGCAAUGUCACAUACCACCACUACACCCUUUCGACCUUCAUGGCACAUAGCUCGAGUUAAUGAAUGCAUAUACAUGUAAAAAUUAUAUUCAUACGAAGUAAAAAUUAGGUAUCCUGGAUGCAGAUCAUAAUAUAAGGUCACUUUGAGUCUAUAUUUUGUUCAAAAAUAUUCAACGGUAAAGAGAAAAGAUUUGGCGUGACCAGGGAUUAAUACUUCCUUGUUAGAUGUUAUAUAAAAGAAAAUCUUCGCCGGUUACUGGACGAAUGGAAAUGGAUAGGUCAACUGUAUUUACAACACUGUCGGUGUUUCUUGUUUUGCUUGUCAUAUUACAAACAAAUAGACUUGAAGCGAAGAAAUGUACAAAACAGACGAUAUACUAUACUUCUCAACAGUACUGUGCCUCAACAUUUAUGUGGUGGUGCACCUCAAGGGGAUACCGACGUCUUACAAAUUACAAAACCAUUGAGAUAUGUUGUCCGGGAUACAUCGGCAGUGAAUGUCAAACGCCAAUUUGCAACCCCCCUUGUAAAAAUGGAGGAAGCUGUGUGUCUCUCAACACGUGCCAGUGUCCACAUAUAGUGGGUGGAAAUACGUGUGAAGAAGUCGUUACCUGUUCCCAUCUGAAACCCUGUUAUCCGGGUAACUGCACCGAUACGUCCUGUUCAUGUGAUCCGGGAUUUGGAGGGGAAUCCUGCCUUCAGAUUGAUUCUACCCAUCAAGUUAAUUUUACCAACCUGAAUGCAACAUUAUUGAAUGUAAAGAGAACUGACAAUCAAGUAUUAUACAAGUUCAAUGCAGACGGCUUCAGCUCCUUUCAGUCAGUAUGGGUGGACCGGGACGAUUACAACUUCUUCUUAAUUUACUUCGAUGCCCUUUACAACCCCAUCAUCCCCUUUCCGCCAUCUUACAUUCGCAAUCAUAGCAUUGGAAUCGUAUCUGCGAAUGCAAGAGUCAUCCUUACCAAAAUAGGCCGAGCGGGUGGCGGAACGAUUGAUCUUGGUCUAGAUGAGACCUUACCCUGUCCCGGUGAUUUUAAUGAUACUUCACCAUUCAAUCGGCCGCUAAAAUGUAACAUUUCAUAUGAUCAAUUCAACAGGCUACUAGAGGACGGAGAUAAAUUAACAAUACAGGCGCUGGCAGAGAUAGGGGGCUUUAGAGAUUUGUGGAACAAUACCCAUUUUGUCAGAAAGGAGCUUUAUGAUCGAGUAAAAUCUCAGCAAUCUAUAGACUUUCUGUUUGACCUCACCAAACCUAAACACUGUUCUGAAUCUCAUAAUUGUACUUUGCCCGACCUGUUACCAUUGAAAAUUCCAAAGGAUGCUACCAAGGAUCCAUUCACAUUCCAAGUUGACGGAUGGGAUGACAUUCCCUCGGGUGUCGAGACAUACUUCCUAGAAAUUCAUCAACUAAAGAAGAAUCUUCAUUCUAAUACAUUAACAGAAGAAGCACCAAUGGAUCCGUUCUAUCGAGAAGAAAGAAACCUUUCUAGCCUACCUUUCCCAGAUUUUACUCCAUCAGAACCAGGAGUUUAUUCAGCAAUUUUACAAGUGACAGAUAAAGCUAACAACUCGGAGUUUGCAAGACAGAUUGCUAUAUAUGACCCAAACUCUACAAUUACAACAACUGAAGAAUCUAACUUCUACGUGUCCAGUGCAGAGAAACUCAGCAAUUACAGCUGGCAAUCAAGGUGUUCCACAGUGGAAAUCACGUGGAGAGACUACUUUAGAAACUUGUAUCAUGUUGAAAACCACUUGUUAUUGUCUGUCGAUAAGUUCCCACUGCAGAUAAGAGGUGGUGACGUAGAUGAACUAAAGAGUGAAAUAGUAAAAGACGUUAAAGACUUUUAUGAUGACCAUACUGGGAAAAGAAGCGUUCUCGCCGUUAAAAAUCUGCAUGGAAUAACUGAAUUUGAAGUCUACUACACGUACAUCUCAUAUUCAAACUCAUCGAUCAAUGACUCAGAAGAUGCCACCAAAGAAACAAGAACUUCGAAAGACCAAAUCACUACAGCUAAUAUACUUGAUACACCAACUUCAGUGGACGCAAACACAACGUCAGAACCCAAUAACGAUAAUGUUACAGCUUCUUCUUUCACUGUACCUACAACAAACUCUGUGACAACAAAGCCACCUUGCCUGUCUGAAACAGAUCCUGGCAACAUGGAAAACCAAUGGAUUAAAAUUGAAAAGAUUACUCAAGGCACAUAUGUUCUAAAACACGAAUGGAAAGACGGUGACAGUAUAAAUAUAACUGUUAGAGCUCGUGAUCUAGUCAACAACACUAGAACUGAUUCCAGACUAGUUAGCAUGGACAGUUCGCCACCUUAUUCAAGCGAAGCGAUAUUCACAAAAAAUGUUGGAAAAGGAACUCAUGAAUAUUCGAGCAGGGUUUCUAUACAAGCUUCUGAUGAGCAUAGCGGUGUCCGACAUGUGCAAUGGCGACUGAUGGUGAAGAAGAAACAACAACAGAUACACAAAGAAGGUUUUUUCAUGAACAACCCCAUUCAGUUGGCUGACUGUUUAUCAACUGAUGAAUGCUAUUGUAUUCCCAUGGGAGAAUGUUACAAAAAGAAUAUGAAAUUCGACUUUGACAAUUGUUGGCUGGCUAUUGAAAAACAACAGUUGUCUAAUGUUACCUUUAUUCUGGAAAUUGAGGCUUUCAACCAGGCCAUGUUAUCCUCCAAUGUUACACGUCAUGAGCUUUCCAGUUUGACAUUGUUUGAUGGAAUAGACGCCGGUAUUGGAGUAAAAAAUCUUCAAAGGGAGAGUUAUGGAGACGGAGUCAGAUUCACGUGGGAAAAUGUCCCGUCAUGUUACAAAGUCUCUGACGUCACUAUUUUUAUUUACACCGAUUGUGAUAGGUCGAGACCCCCAAAGGAGAUUACCUUACCAAUAGAUAAAACGGAAUAUUUUUUGAACAAUCUUGAAGCGGGCAAAGAGUAUUGUAUUGAAGUGAUUUCAAACAAUACAGGGAAUUCAGAAGCCAUUGUAAAAACCUUGAGAUUUACAUCACCGACUGUCAUACCCAUAGCUAUGAUUGCCGGAGUCAGUGCAGUAAUCACCAUCCUGCUGGGGAUUCUUCUGAUAUUUUUUCUUCUCUGGAAAAAUGGACAUUUAAAUCCAGAAACAAAACGUAGAUUGACCAUGUACCUCAAGAGACCAGUUACCUUGUUGAUGGGAAAGAGAAGGACUGGGGUUUACAGUGGGCGUUUCCAAGACGAGGACAUUUAUGAUUUUGGGAAAAUGGUAUUCUCUGCGAAUGAAGGCUGGCUAUACACAUUUGAUGAUAUACAACUGAAGGGGAAACUGAAAUCGGGAGACUUUGCUGAUAUCUAUCUAGCUCAACUCUGCAAAAAAGACACCGUUGUCGCCAAAAUAUUAAAAGAGGACUACACAGAGGAAGACCGCCUCGUUCUACAGGCCAAGAUCAGCUUCUUUGCCACCGAGGUUCCCCCUCACGAUAACAUUAUAACCUUCUUGGGUUCUGUACUCAACCACCCACUGUUCGGUCCGUACAUGUUGCUGGAGUACUGUGAACUUGGACAAAUGAGGGAGUGGUUGAUAGAUCAGAGAAAUAAAGUAAACGAUGACCUGAUCACAGACUUCUGUAAGAUGAUUCAGGGAAUCGCUAAAGGAAUGGAAGCCUUAGCAAUCAAAGGGAUUGUUCACAAGAGAUUGGCAACAAGAAAUGUUUUUCUGACUUCUCGUCUUGUUCCUAAAGUAGCAGGCUUUGGACCCACACCAGAGGAAGGGGAGAACGAAGUGAAGAAAAAAGAAGCCAAGGAAAGGAAACCAAUAAAGUGGCUAGCUCCCGAGUGUUAUGAAUCCAUGAAGGGUUGUACUUCAAUGAGUGAUGUUUGGGCGUUCGGGGUUGUCAUCUGGGAGACAUUCAGUACUGGACAAAAUCCUUACCCUGGUAUUGAUGGCAAAGUUGUCCCUAUGAAAGUUAAAAGUGGCUACCGAAUGAGUGUUCCAGAAUUCUGCCCAGAAGCACAUGGGACGCUGAUGGAAAGUUGUUGGGUCAUUAAUCCAGAAGAGAGACCGACCUUCACAAGCAUUGUGAAUACACUGGACAGUUACUAUGACGCACGUUUUCCAUGUGAUUUCCAAGCUACAGAUGCUGUAUAAGAUAGACCAGAAACAAAAACUGGCGAAUAAUUUUUUAUAUCUUUUUCUAACAAAAAUAAAUACCCUAUGUAUUGUGUCCUAUGUUUUUUAUUAAAAACUACCCAAGUAAGAAAACAAUAAGGAAGUAAAAAUAAAUUUUAAAUCUCCUUCAUACUUUAAAGUGUUUGAUUUAAAAUGUGAUGUUACAUCUUUUCAAUUAAAAAAAAAAACCCUGUAUCAUAUUUCUCUUCGUGUUUUAUUUCUUGUAGGACGAUGGAUUUUUGGGUUUUAUAAACAUUAUAAGUUAUAGUGCAGAAUAGUUAAACAUUAUUAUAACCAAUGAAUUGUUAGACUCAAUUUGGUUUAAACAUAAAGAGGGUUGGGCGAAAGGGACGAAAAUGAAACGGAGGCAAAAAUUUCCCGGUAUACAGUAUACAUGCAUUGUGCAUUUAUAGAUUUUAAGGCUGAUUUUGACAAUGUAUGAAGAAUAGGACUAUGGCAAAAACUUACUCAAAAUAAUAUUACUGGAAAAUGUAUUGAUGUAAUAGGGAAAGUGUACUCUGAAAGUAAAUUAUGGUUACUGAAUACUUUCCAUGCAAAACAGGGGUAAGACAAGGGGAAAACUUAUUGCCAUUUUUAUUUGAUUUAUUUCUAAAUGAUGUAGGAUCUUUUUUUUAAUUGUACAUUACAAUAUUAGAGUCUCAACUAUAUAUCAUAUGAGAUUGAAAAAGAACUUGGUGCUUUGUUGAAAAUGCUGAUUAUUUUGUAUGCAUAUGAUACAGUUUAUCUUUCCGAAUCUCCCGAAGAUUUACAAAUCAACUGCACAGGGUUUUUUCUGUUAUGUUAAAAAAUAUAAACUUGAAGUUAAUAUUGAUAAACAAAGUAAUUAUUUUUUUUUCAAAGAAACGUACACCACAGAAUGUCUUUAUUGUAAUAACAAAGAAAUUGAAAUUAAAAUUAUAAAUAUCUUGGCAUUAUAAAUUUAACAACAGGCUACUUUGUUAAGACAAAACAAUAUGCUAAUAAAAGAGCGACUAGAGUUAUGUAUGGUAUUUUGAAAAAGGGUAACCAAUAACACCUUUCUCUGUAGGACCAACUGUAUUCGUUCGAUAAGACUGAAGUUCCUAUUCUGUUAUAUGUUUGUGAAGGUUGGAGGUUAUGGUUAUCUUUAAAUUGUAGAAAGAUAACAUCUAAAGUUCUGUAAUUUUUUUAAAUUUAAAACCAAGUACUCCCAAUUUUAUGAUCUAUGGUGAAUUAGUGAGAUUACCUUUAAUUGUACAUAUCAAAAUAAGAAUUGUUGCAUAUUGGUAAAAUUUUUACAUGAAAACAACCAAGUCUAUCCUCCAUAAUUAUUUUGUUACUUCAUAAUAUGAAUGUAUUUCCGCCAUUUCAUGUGUAUCUUGUAUAUUGUUUUUGCAUAUAUUGUACAUACAUUGUAGAACCUCAUGUACUAUUAAUUGGUUUGAAUGAAUAAAAUGAACUUGAA